GUCUAGCGAGGACUGUAGCGUAGCGAGAUUUUCUUUCCUUCUUCGUCUUCUCCGAGAAGCCAACGCGAGCGGAUCGCUCUCGAGAGCGAGAGAGGCGGCGACGAUCCAUCAUCAUCAUCGUCACCGGCAAGCGCAAGAUCGUCAACCCUCCGUGUCCCGCCUGGUCCUCCCUUCCUUCUCCCUCAAGCCACCUCCCUCUCUCUCUCUCUCUCUCUCUCUCUCCCUGCGUGUAUAAAUUCUCGUUGACAGCCAGUCGCCUCCAUUAUAGCUCUCACGCUUUGAACCGCUCGGACAGCACUCGCCCUCUUCACGGAAAAGCAGUUCUCCACUAUAAAGCCAGACCCCCGCCACCACACCCCCAGCACCUCUGCUCUCGUCUCUGCCAUGGCGAAGCAGAGGGUCGUCGCGGUGAGGUCUCGCUUCCAGACCGUGCUGUCGGUCGUGAUAUGCGCAAUGUGCUUGACGACGAGUGACCGUCUUGGCGUUCUUGCUAUCCUUGAUCCGAACGACUUCUUGGCCCUCCAAUCGAUCCGGAAGUCGCUCGACGACAUGCCCGGGUCCACCUUCUUCAGCUCCUGGGACUUCACCGCCGACCCAUGCAACUUCGCCGGCGUCCUCUGCGACGCCGACCGGGUGAUCGCCCUCAACCUCGGGGACCCCGGGCCGGCCCCGGGCCUGACCGGCCGCAUCGACGCGGCGGUCGGCCGGCUCUCCUCCCUCGCCGAGCUCACCGUCGUCCCGGGCCGGGUCUACGGGUCGCUGCCGCAGACGCUGUACCAGCUCAAGAGCCUCCGGUUCCUCGCCGUCAGCCGGAACUUCAUCUCCGGCGAGAUUCCGGCGAACCUCGGCCUGCUCCGGAGCCUCCGCACGCUCGACCUCAGCUACAACCAGCUAACCGGAGCGAUCCGCGCCGUCGGCACGUUGCCGGAGCUCAAUCUCAUCCUCUGCCACAACAAGCUGUCCGGCUCGGUCCCCCCGUUCGUCUCCGAGUCGCUGACCCGGCUCGACCUCAAGCACAACGACCUCUCCGGCACGCUGGGGCCGCUCACCCUCCCGGCCUCGCUGCAGUACCUCUCCCUCUCGUGGAACCAGCUGGGCGGGCCGGUCGACGGGGUCCUGAGCCGGAUGGACCGGCUCAACUACCUCGACCUCAGCAUGAACCGGUUCUCGGGCCCGAUCCCGGCCCGGCUCUUGGCGUUCCCGAUCACGAACCUCCAGCUGCAGCGCAACUGGCUGGAGGGGCCGGUCGAGCCGGCGAGCCAGGUGUCGAUCCCGACCGUCGAUCUCAGCUACAACAGGCUGUCGGGGCAGAUAUCCCCGAUGUUCUCGACGGUGCAGAACCUGUACCUGAACAACAACCGGUUCACGGGGCAGGUGCCCGGCUCUUUCGUGGACCGGCUGCUGGCCGCGAACAUCCAGACGCUGUACCUGCAGCACAACUUCCUGACGGGGAUCGAGAUCAAUCCGACGGCGGACAUUCCGCUCAGCACCUCGUUUUGCCUACAGUACAAUUGCAUGGUCCCGCCCGUACAGACGCCUUGCCCGUUGAAGGCCGGGAAGCAGAAGACGCGGCCUACUUCGCAGUGCAGCCAGUGGCGAGGGUAAAAUGGGGAGGAAUUCGGGUAAGCUUCUCGGUUACUUUUUUUUUAUUUAUUUUGUCCUUUUGUCUUUUGGGAGGGGGCAAAAUUGGAAGAAAAGAUACGUAUAGGAUUAAAAUUUGGGGAAAUUUUAAUUAAUUUGGUGGGAGGCGGGGCAGGGCGGGGGUUGGGUUUUUGAUUCAAUUUAUUUAUUCGUCACUGCGUCAGUGAUAGAUGUUUGGGUAAAUAGAGAAAUAAUAAGAGGUCUGGUUGGAAAAUAUUAUCAUAGAUGUUUCGAGGGGUUAAUAUAUGCUGCUUGUUAAUUACUGCCAGUAAUAUGAGUAUAUGUUUCUGCAA